AUGAUCUGUAUAAACUGUUGCCGCGAAACAGACUGUUUAUAUGUUGAAUACUCGAAUAAUCACAUCCGCCUAACGGACUGUACGGAUUGUCAUGAUGUUGUGGAUCAGUACGUCGAAAUAGAUAACGUUUUGUUGUUUAUUGAUUUGCUGCUUUUGAAACCAGGAGCUUAUCGACACCUUGUCUAUAACUCGCUAGAACUGGAGCUUUCGAAAUUUCCUGAUGAAGCCGCGUUCGAGUCCGCUCCAAAGCACGAGGGGAUGGCGACGUCGGUUCAAGAGUCGAACAACGGCAAAAUAGGCCGAGUAAGAAGGAUAGGAAGAUGGGGUCGUCGUUUACGGAACUGGUUUGUCAAGUUCGACAAACUGAACCGCAUUUGGGUCAUUAUUACGGCGUUCGAGGUUUACCUGACUUGGGUAUCUGAGGAGCGAAAAUUUCAGGAGAAUGGAUCCGAUGCUCUGGUGGCUUCCAUGUUGUCUCAAGGGGCUCUGGGUCAAUAUAUGUGCUUUGCCGUCUAUUGCGCGAUCGAUUUCAUGGUCUUACACAACACAACAUACUGUUUGCUCGUUGCUCUUUUCAACUGGGGAAGCAAGAUCAAGUAUGCAAAGUACGUGGUGUCCUAUACCGUGCUACUCUCAUAUGGUGCCAAAAUAUAUCCAAUUUUGAUGUUGAUUUGGCCAUAUGACACGUUGUUGACGACCGGAAUCCUGAAGAUUGUAGCCAACUUGUACGUUGUCGAAGCACUGAAAAUUGUUACCAAUCAAAGCUAUGCCGCUAUCAUAUCUCUCUUUUCCUUGGUGUUUUUGAUACGAUCACUGACGGUCAAACCAUUGGUCUCCCUCGUGGUUACUAAAGGCGAUGUCAUGCUCUCUUGGCAAUACGCAAGAGCAGAGUAUCAUCAAGUAUGGCACAAGUUGAUAAAUCCUUUGUUUUCCUCAUAG